AGAUUUAUAUGUAAUGCCUACAAUGUCCCUAAUGUAAUUGAUGUUGAUGGCGCUAGACUUCAAAUAUUCAUCGACUCGUACACAGUCUCCGAUGUAAACGAAGCUUUUGACCUAAAGAAGUUGCGAAAUUUUGACGCUAGCAACCUACCGCCUUGCAAAAGCGAGCUACUGCAGCAAUUUCUGCGAGCAAACUAUGUAUGUACCAUUUGGAAUAAUGCUCAUUUGAAAAAUCCAACCACAUAUCAACCAGACAAUAACGGCUGGGUAUUAAAAGAUGACAAAUACCAGUUCAAAUGGUUUGAAGGGGAUCAACUACCGAGCUAUGUUAGAGAUUCGCUCAAAACUCAAUCAGAAACUGACGAAGAAGGUGAUGUUGAGGACGAUCAUGCCAUCGAUUGGAGUAGUAGUGAUGAAGUAAAUGAAAACAUCGACGACAAUGCUUAA